AUGGUGAAGGAGGGAGACAAGGCACUAAGUCCGCUCCGUUCGUUGCACGUCGCGGCGCUAUGCGUCAGUCUGGUUGUCGUGGUUUUCGCGACGCCGAGCGUCAUCGGGAUGAUGCUGUGCUCCGUUGACCGGCGGCAGCAUGGACCUGCCACGCAUCGCGUCCAAUUCAUCUAUAAAUCCGCCGAGUAUUUUUUGCUCGGAUUACAGCGGCAGUUGGUAGUCAGUCACAANAAACGGGAAGAAGCUCUCGCACUAGAGAACCUUAGAAAAAGGAUCGGAGGAGUCCGGAUACUUCAGGACAACGGAAACUCUUCCACCGAAACUACCCCGCCGGAAGACGGUUCAGAAAACGACAACAAAGUCCUAACAAUCGACGACAAAGUCAAUGACAAUCGGCCUCAAUUAUUACAAAAGAUCCUCGUAAAUCGUCCAGUAAGCAUGGUGCUAGAUCUCGCGGAAAUCAAGACGGCUUGGCAAGACAGUGACUUUAUAACCGACUGCUUAUGUUGGCACAAUGUUUAUAGACAAAGGCAUUCGGCGCCACCGUUGACCAUGUCGUCCGAGCUUUGUAAUUUAGCCCAGACAUGGGCAAACCACCUUGCACAUACGAAUCGAUUUUACUAUAGAAAUGACAAAGAUAUCGGACAGAAUUUGUUCUGCAGACUCACAAACGCCCUUCAGAAUGAUGUAUCAGGGCAGGAAGUAGCCUCAUACUGGUAUAGUGCAGUUCGUCAGUACAAUUAUAACAAGGAACCUGAUGUUCUUCACGCCAAUGUUAAUGCAGGUCAUUUUACACAAAUGGUAUGGAGAAACACCAGAUAUUUCGGAGUGGGGAAAGCGAGGUCGCGUUCAGGAAAAAUUAUCGUGGUAGCCCAUUACGCUCCUGCAGGAAAUUUAACGGGGUCCUUCCAGGAUAAUGUCUUCCCUCCAGGUCCGGAAUAUCCGACAUUACAACUACCCCCUCGAUUUUUCUUGAACUCGGAUUCCGCAACAACGUCAUCGGACACGAGCAUGAGUUCUCCUAGCAGUACUCGAUGAUAAAAAAGUACUCAUCCGCCCACUAAUUAAUAAAAAUAUACCUAUUAAUUGUAACCUGUUAAGACUGCAACGUAUUUUGCACGGUAUUUGCCAAAUUAAAGAAAAAACUGUGAAGAAGACGGACCUGUUGUUGUUGCUAAAUUGUUACGGAGUUUUCUUGUUUGUUCGAGUUUUUAAGAGCGAAUAACAUUUUUUUAGCCAACGCGUAAAUAAUAAGUUAACGUUAAAUGUUGUUAUUAUGGAACGUCACGUAAAUAAUUUAAACAACCAUAAUAAAUUAAUAAAUUAUGGUUGUGCAAAAAUAAUGCUAAAAUCGAAUAAUUACAACUAAUUAGAAAAAUCCAAAAAUUUACAGCUAUUUCGAAUUUUCUUCGCAUAAUUUCAUUUUACACUGAACUUUACACACUUUAAAACAAUCAUAAGUAUUAUUUUGUUACAAUUGGAACGUUUGGUACGUAUCCGGAUGUGAUCGGGUUCAAUUCUCAUCCGAUGCAAUAUCUUUUUUAUCUGCCUUAACGCCAGUUUUUAGUUUUCAAUUUUGAGAACAUCUCUGACGCAAUAUUUUUCUAUUGAUAUAACUUUCAUUCCUGUCCUUUUAUAAUAAAUAUGAUACCUAUUGAUUUUGGGCGUAAAAUUGUGCCGCACCUUUAUUAAUGUUAUAUUUUAUAAUGUCCCAUCAUUUUCUAUUAAAAUCAAUGGAUAUAUUGAAUUAAUGACGGGAUAGAUAAAAAUUGUUUUACACUGUUUGGUGCAAAACAUAAUUUCAAAUAAAAUGGUUUUUACAAAUUUUUUUGUUAGUUGCCUAUCUUAUUAAUUUUUAUUUUUUCAACGGUUAAAAACAACAACUGUUAAGACACUACAGAAAAAAAUAUAUAAUAGAAAUUAUUUCUGUUAUUUACAUGACGUAUCAUUGCAAAUAAUGCUUGUAAAACAAUCAGCGACUGUAGGUUAAUGAUGAAACAAAUGAAAAACCGAUUUUAAAUAGCAUUUUAAGGGUGUUACAUUUUAGCAAGGUCUCGCAAUAGGUGUUUUAUGCUUGUUAAAAAAUAUUAAAAUCGUAAGCAGAGACAUGAUCAUUUUUUUUAAUUGGUUCAACCAAAUGGGCUUAUUUGUCGCAUUUAAACUUACUGUAAAAUUAUUGAGAAAUUGCGUUUACGUCAUCGACGUACAACAAAUCUGGUAAACGACUGUAUUUUUAAAUUGAUUAAAAAACAAGAUAUUAAUAUAUUAUUAAUAACUUUUCUUCUAUGUGGUCUAUCGUAUCGAAAUUUACUAAAAUAAUUAAAUAUGAUUUCAUUUUACCUGUCUGUGGUACUUUCUCUACAAUUCGUCAAGUACAUCGAUGUUGAAAAUUUUUACACAAUUUAAUAAACUUCCAGUCACUUUAACCUUACUUUUGUCAUUUUAACGUUUCGAAUGGUAAAUACCCCGAAAAGAAUAGAGUAAACAGUUUUGAGUGCCCUUAACAUCAUUCGUGUUAAAUUGCCUACUUUUUCGAUUGGUGUAUAAAAAUAAAAGGUCAAGUUUGAAAAAGUUACCGUACGGUCCUGUAGGUGUACGUAGUACAAAUGCAGAUAGAAUACGCGUGGUACGUAUGUCGUUGAAUAAACAACUGGUCAACACGCAUCCUCUCAAUAAUAUUGUAGGUAUUAUACUUUGCUUCCCCGCCCUGAUAAUAUGUAACACAUCUAUUAUUAAUUAGCUUGUAUAUUGUAGUAUUUAAAUAAAAUGACAUUUUAAAAUAAUGCGAUUGAAAAUUUACAUAGAGAACUGCUACUACAUAAUACGUAUAUUUUUUUGCUAAAUAAUAAAAACCUAAAGACUAGCAUGCACAAUCAAUUUUUAUGCACUCCCAAUAUUAUUAAUAUUACUGCUCCUACUUACAGACUGUAAAAAGAGCCGACUUAUGAUUAACUCAACUUCGAGUAAAUGAUAACAUUAUUACAAUCAUUGUUAUUAAAUUAGGAGUCAUCGAUUAAAUAAUUAAGUAAUUAAUUUUCCACUCAAUUAAGAGGAAGCAAUCAAUUUUUCAUUUUAAUUUUUCAAAUUUUAAUAUGCAAAGUUCUUGUGUUUAAAGGAAGAUAUAGAAGUAUCCUUUAGGGGAGGGUGGCGUUAAAAAAAAUGACGCUACGAGAAAGAGAGCUAAAAAAAUACUUAGGUAUACUUCGUUUACUUUCUGUAGCGAUGUGACCUUCAGUUUGAUCGGC